GUGAUCCUGAAGGAGAUGAAGAUCAUAAAACCAUGCCAACACUUCAGUUAAUGACAUAAAAACCAGGAGAUGCAUCUCUGUAGCCUUCUUUCUGACAUAAAACCAGGAGAUGCAAGGCGUCGGAUGUUAGUGAGUGAUAUAUGAUACACGAUUGAAUAUCUCGCAACAACUCGAGUUAUUGGGAGCCAAUUAGUUCUUGACAUGGUAUCAGAGCCUUUUUGUGGCCUAGAGGUCUUGUGUUCCGGUGACCCCAUUUGUGAAGCACAUGUAUUCUCGUAUUCAGAUUGAACCCGAGUUAUUGACAACAAUUGGUUCUUGACAUCGGAUUUAUUUUCCACAAGGGGCAUGCAAGCAUGGACCCAAUCACCUCCUGCACUUCUACUUGCAUCGCACCAACAAUUCCUUAUUUCAACUAUUCCAUUUUCCAUCCACGCAAGAAGCAUUUGGCUCUCUUUCUGGUGGAAAACGCAAGCAGCAUUGAUGGAUGAAUAUCAUCCCUCGUUAAUUGCGAUAUAUAUUACUGCCCUCCUACACGGUAAAAAAAAAAAGACUAGAGACGGCUGUCGGCCGGCGAGGAGACAAGAAGAAGAAGUGAAGAACCAUUAACUUCUCUUGCAUAUUGUGCUACUCUAGAGGGAUGGGUGAAAUUGGUGGUGACAGUUGCGACGAUAUUGCUGCUGGGAAAAUCCCGGCCGGUUGGUUUGUUAAUGUUCAGAAAGGAUGGCCAGGGGAAGCCCUCUGCUUCGAAGUGGAGAAGAUUCUGUUUCAAGCCAAAUCCAAGUACCAACAACACAUUCUGGUUUUUCAGUCAGCUUCGUAUGGGAAGGUGGUAAUGCUAGAUGGGUCUCUCCAGCUGACUGAAAAGGACGAGUUUGCGUACCAAGAACUCAUAACCCAUCUUCCCCUCUGCUCCAUCCCUAAUCCCAAAAAGGUGUUGCUGAUUGGAGGGGGAGAUGGUGGCAUUCUUGCGGAAGCUUCUCGUCAUUCCUCUUUGGAGAGGAUUGACAUCUGCGAAAUAGAUCACCUCGUCAUUGAUGUUUACAAACGUUUCUUCCCCGAGAUAGCCAUCGGAUACAAUGACCGACGAGUUCGAGUGCAUAUGGGCGACGGAAUCGAGUUCUUGAAAGCUGUUCCAGGAGGCACAUAUGACGCCAUCAUAUUGGACGCCUUCACCAACAUGGGGCCUAAUGGAGAUGUGGUAGAGAACGAAUCCUUCUUAAGGACAGUAGCAAAUGCUCUUAGGCCAGGCGGAGUAAUGUGUUGCCCGGCAGACAGCUUGUGGAGCACCGGAUUUUCGUUGCCAAAUGUGGUCGCUAAAUGCCGCAAAGUCUUCAAGGGCUCUGUCAGUUAUGCUUGGAGCUCCGUCCCGUCAUAUUCCAGUGGAAUGAUUGGGUAUAUGCUUUGCUCCAAGGAAGGGCCGUCGGUUGAUUUCAAGCAUCCGAUCAAUCCCUUAAAUCCAGAGCAUUUGGGUGUGGCUAAAGGGCCUCCAAGGUUCUACACCUCCGAGGUACAUGCUGCUGCCUUCUGUUUGCCGUCUUUUGCCCAUGGAAGGGCAUAAUAUUCAUAAGUACAAAUAACUCAAGGACGUGCAUCUCUCAUUUUCAAUUGUUUUCUUUUCUCAGAUUAUUUGUAUGUCGUAGAAUAUAAUAUAGCAAAUUUACAAGUAAUUAUAAUUGACAAUUACAUUGUCAUGACAAGUAUAGAUUGGCACCUGCAAAAUAAGAUGAAUACUCUACUAAUUACAUUUGACAAUUAAAUCCAAUACUUUUCUCCCUAUUUUUUUUUUAUUAUGGCCAUGUAAAAACUCGUUUGCUUGGGUAGUUGUGACAGUUGGAGCAGAGUGAACAUAAGCAUGUUACAGUAGUAAGGAAUAUACGAAAUUCCUUGAUGGAUUCCCUUUGACCGAAGCAAAGCAAGACACGUUCUCCAGAAGAAAUUUCGAUAAAAUCAAAUGAAUUCGUAUAUAGAUUGAAACAAUAGAAUGAACGCGUGGUACAAUCAUCUUAGUGAAAUAUCCGAUGAAAGAAAGAUAUAGAUGAUCUUAUUUGUUCAUGUGUUUUCCUUAAGGGAUCAUGUAGUGAGUUUGUUGUAAUGUCAGCCUAUGUUGACGACACAAACAUCAUUGGAACUCCCAAAUUAAGAGCUUCCAAAAGUAGUUGAUUGUUUGAAGAAAGAGUUUGAAAUGAAAGAUUUAGGAAAACGCAGUUAUGUCUUGGAUCACAAAUUGAAUAUUUAAUUUGAAGGAUGGUACAUGUGUGCAUCAGGAAGGAUAUGUUGAAAAGCUCCUUAAGCGAUUUUAUAUGGACAAAUCACACAUUUGAGUAUCACAAUGGUUGUAAGCUCACUUGAUGUGAAAAGAGAUCCAUUUAGACCUCGAGAAAGCAAUGAAGAACUAAUCGGUCCGGAAGUAUCAUAUCUUAGUGCGAUAGGAACAUUAAUGUAUCUAGUCAAUCAUACAUGACCUCAUAUAUCGUUUGUUGUGAAUAUAUAUGCAUGAUAUAGCUCUUAUCCCUCUAGAAGAUAUUGGAAUGAAGUUAAACAUUUACUCUGUUACCUUUCAAACUACAACAGAUGGGCUUGUUCUAUUUGGGUGCAUCGAAGAUGGAUUUAGUGGGGGAUAUGCAGAUGUAAGAUAUCUCUAUGAUCCCCACAAUGGUAGAUCACAAACAUAAUAUUUGUUUACUUGUGUUGUACAGUCAUUUCAUGGCAAUACACAAAAUAAACUAUAACAACCACAUCAUCUAGUCUUGCAGAAAUACUAGCUAUUCACGAGGCAAGUAGUCAAUGUGUUUGUAUAAGAUCUAUAUAAUUCAACACAUCAUCUAUAAUUGUGGGCUAUCUUCGGGAAAAAUUAUCUCGAUGAUCAUGUAUGAAGAUAAUGCAAUAUUUAUUGCUCAAUUAAAGGAAUGAUACAUUAAAUGAGAUAAAACAAAACAUAUCCCACCCCAGGCUAUUUUUCCCUCAUGAUCUUCCAAAUAUUGGUGAAAUAAUUAUUCAUAAUGUCAUUUCAAGUGAGAAUCUAGCAGAUUUAUUCACCAAGUUACUUUCGACGACUAUCUUUGUAAAGUUUGUUCAUAAAAUUAAAGUUCGAAGACUAAAAAUCCUGAACUAUUUUGGUCGUGAUGGCGAAAAUAUAGAUUUAAUUUUUUUAGUAAGGUGCUACUUAAGUUAUUCGAAUCUGAGACCUCUAGAUUCCACACUAGUGGUAGUACCACUGAAUCAUGCUUUUGUUCGCUUCUUGUCCAAUAUUUUCUUGAAUCAGUAGGGAGUGACAAUUUGAGAAUGAUCAAACAAAAUACAGGAAAACACACCUUCCAUCACGGGAAGUCCCGUGACCAAAGACACAAAUCCCGUGACAGCAAGGCCUGUGAUUAAAUAUCUUUGUCACGG